UCCGGAGAACAGAAGGAGGAACAGGGCCUGGUUGUGGGCUGGACCACCAGAGCAUUGACCAACAUUAUCCUGCAGGUCAAACCAGGACAGAGGAGCAACAAGCUGCCAGUGAGCUCUCUCCAGUAUGGCAAGUGCCUCAACAUUUCCUGGAGAUAUACCAGCUUGUCCAUUAAUAUCAAAGGUCACAUAAUAAUCGGUCAUGUCCAAAGGGAUUGCAGCAGCCUUCCCUUCUCUGAAAGGAUAUGAUGUGUCUCAACAGUAGAUUGAAUCCAGCCUUCACAAUGGCAGACAGCGGGAAGACUAAUGAGAGUGGAGCUGCAGCAGCAGAACCCGAUAAUGGAGACCAGCAGAAUAUUGUUUCCCGAGUGAGCCAUUUGCCUCUGGUCAGCUCGGCGUGCGGGGCGGUGUCCAGCGCCUACAGUAGCACCAAAGACAGCGUGCCCUUGCUGAAGGGAGUGAUGGAUGCAGCGGAGAGCGGGGUCCGGACCCUGGGGGCCGUGGCCACCACAGGCUCCAAGCCCCUCCUGGACAUUAUAGAACCACAGAUUGCCACGGUGAACGAGUAUGCCCUGAAAGGACUGGAUAAGAUGGAGGAGAAGCUGCCUAUUCUUCACCAGCCAGCAGACAAGGUGGUGUCGGACACAGUAGGUCUGGUGUACCAGUCGGUGGCGGGGGCCAAAGACGCCGUGCUGGGGGUUGCGAUGGGCGGGGUGGAGAUGACCUGGGCAGCCAUCAGCGGAGGGCUCAUGACCGCCAUGGGCACCAGGAUGGGCCAGAUGGUCAGCUCUGGGAUGGGCCUGGCACUGAGCCGCUCUGAGGACUGGGUCGAGCAGAACCUCCCCCUCGCUGAGACCGAGCUGGCUGCUGUGGCUGAACCUGCCGGCAGUGAGGUGACCGCGUCAACCACCCCCCCCAGCUACUUUGUCCGCUUGGGGAAACUCUCAGCCAAAGUCCAGGAGCGAGCCCUGCAGCACUCCCUGGGCCGGGCACGACAUGCCAGGGAUGCCACCUAUUCUACAGUGGCUCAGAUUACCAGUACUCUGGACCUGCUAGAGACUGCUCGCACAGGUCUGGGUACCGCCAGUAACCAGAUAGGAGGAGCCUCCGAGCAGCUGCUGCAGCGGUGGACCGAGUGGAAGCAGAAGCAGGCUGGAGCUGGACAGGCCGAGUCCGAGCUAGAUGGGACCAGAGAUGAUGCUGAGCAGCUGGAAUGGCGGGUCCUCUCCAUGGUGCAGGGUCUGAGCGACCAGCUGAAGUCAGCGUGCUCCAGCGUGGUGUCGAGUGCUCAGGGUCUGCCAGGUGCGGUCCAGGACCAGCUGACCAGCGCACGGCGAUCUGCUGAAGAACUGCACGCCUCUCUGGGGAACACCAGCACCAUCACACCCCUCCUCCUGGAGCAGAGCCGUCACAACCUGAACCAAGUUAAACAGUCCCUGGAUGGUGUCAUGGAGUAUCUGCUGAACAACACACCACUCAACUGGUUGGUGGGACCUUUUGCUCCGCAGAUCACUGAGAGGGCAGAGGGAGCUGCGGCAAUGGAGCCGAGCAAACCACACGACUAGACUUCAAGACUUUGUUGUGUUCAUGAGUUAUUCAAGGUGAUGACAGACGUCUGUGUACUGUAGAUGCACUAUCUAAACAUAAAUAUGCUUGUUUUAAUGAAAAAAGGCCUUUCAUUCAUCAAGGUUUUCUUCAUUAUGCACUAAUUAUUGUAUCUAAACUAUAUGUGAAACUAAAUGUGUGAUAUCAAAGUUAAUGGAAUGUAAUCAUAACCAAAAGCACUGACCUGUGGCCUUUGAAAAUUAACUUGUUUGUGCAUUAUGUUUCCUAUAAGAUUAUAGUGUUUUUACAUAUCAAUGUAUGUAUCCUCUCAUACUGCUGUUUGAAAGACUUUUAAUAGUGCCUUAAAAUAAGUCAAAGCAAUUCCUUAAGAAUAAUCCAAAUGAAAAUUGUCUUUCAACACAGAUACCAUUUCAAUGUUCUAAAUUCACUUUCUGACAAAAGAACCAACACAAUAAUAAAGCUUUAACAAGAUGUAGUGUUCAUAGUGUUUUCAUUUGUUUAAGGAUUUGCAGUUUUUAUUUCAGUAUUUUGUGUCUGAACUUUCAUAGAUUCAGCUAAUGAGCUGUCAAUGAGCUGACAUUUUGCAGACAACUUUUUAAAAACGUACAGUAUUAGUGUCAUGGCUGAAUACAUUAAUAAAGGUGUUAUUCCUGA